UCUCUCAAAUUAAAGCUAGUUUCGUCGACCAGAAAGCUAGUCAGUGAUUAUGAAAAUUUAAAAUUAGAACAGACCUAGUAGUUUGUUGCGAAAAUAUUCGCCUUUCCCCGGGAUUCAACCUCGUUUUGAUUCAUUUCACUAGAAUGAAAAUGGCGGCAAAUUAUUUGCUCGGGAGGUGUUUUCACUGUAGUAAGAAGUCAAUUGGCCUUUAUAUUUCAAAGAAUAUAGUUCCAGUUAAUCAACCAGUGAGUAUGUUCAGAGCUGAAAAAUGUAUGCAAGCAUUAACAGACUGCUAUCUUGACAUAUUUGGUAAAAACUGGUGGGAAAUACUUAGUCAUCUGAAGCAGGAAAAGUGGCAAUGUGCUUUGCUGAACAAAAUGUCACCUGAAUGUAAACAAAUGGAAGAUCUGUUUGAACAAUUAGGUGCAGAGAAAGUUCAUUUGCAUAAUUUUCAGAGGGAAGGUGAAAAUUCUGUGGCAAAUUUGAAUGAUGACAUAAGUGUUUACAAAUUUGGAUCCAAAAUCUUUGAUCCUCCAAGCAUGUAUUUAGAUUCAAAUGGAAAGAUGAAAUACUAUCUAUUAGAUAUGUCAUCAAUGAUCCCUGUUUUGUCACUGGGCAUUCAGCCAUCUGAACUUGUUCUUGACAUGUGUGCUGCACCAGGAGGAAAGUCUUUGGCUAUCUUGAUGCUCAUGUUGGGAGACUGGCAGCUCAUUUCAAAUGAAUAUGAUAAAUCUCGACUGAAGAGGCUUCAUAAGGUGUUAAGAGAAUACGUUCCGAAUCGCAGAUUGCAGAAAGUCAAGAUCACAAACUUGAAUGGUAUCAAAUUUGGCGAGCAUGAGCCAAACACAUUCGAUAGGGUUCUUUUGGACGCUCCUUGUUCCUCCGAUAGACAUUUGAUUCAAGACGAUUUCCGGAUGGCUGGCUGGUCAGUGAAAAAGUCACGAGAAUUCGCAAAACUUCAAAAAGAACUUCUUGUAUCGGCCCUGCGAACUGUGAAGGUUGGAGGGGUAGUCGUCUACUCCACAUGUACACUGUCGCAAAUAGAAAAUGAUGAUGUAAUUUCACCGGGCACUCAACAAGCAUAUGAAAGAUUCGGUAUAAAGACAAAGAUAGUUGAUUUGUCAUCUUCAGUUAAAGCUUUUGGUGGGAAUGCAUUCUUUCUCAGUCAAUAUGCAAAGCUGGGUUGUUUAGUACUGCCAACCCCCAUGCAAAACUGGGGGCCUAUGUACACAAGCAAAUUAAUAAAACUUUCAGACUGAUUGUUGCAGUAGAAUAUUACCUUUGUACCUUCGAACAAAAAAGGGGCCAUUUCCCAUAUCCUUAACUUGAAAGGAACAAAGACAAGAUAUUCUAUCUACAUGUUUUUUUUGAAGACAAGGUAGUAGUGAGUAAGACACCAAAGUAUAGGAUAGGCCAUGAGGUAGUCAUUGUCUUUCUCUCCUGAUCGUAUGCAGUAUGAUAUCUUUUUCAUUACUAAAAAACCAAAGGAUUGAAUUUGCUGCACUUAAGAAGUGAUUUUAACCUCUUUUUGGAGACUAGGUUAUGAGUUUAUUCGUUACCACACUUCCUGGUGUCCCUUCUUUGAGCUAUUUCCUAAUUUUCUCUAUUUCAGAUCAAUACGCAUUUGUUUGCAAAUGGGCUCUCCCAGACUUUCGGCUAGGCUUUUCUGACCUUAGCAAUUGAUAUUGCGAAGGAGAUAGAAAACCUCCAUUUGGGUAUAGGGCUCCGGGACACAUGGUGAAAAGGUCUCAUCAUAUUUGGCAUUUUCGGCAUCUCGUCGCAUUACGCCCUCUCAUGGUCAGUAUUAAGAGCACGAGGCAUUAUCUCUCUUGAGUAAAAAUAAUUACAUAUAUAUAUAUCUUCUUAUUAGAAAACAUGUUUCUCUCUGUGGUACACACUUUUGUACCGCCCAAGUCACAACAGUUAAGAUGAAAUCAUUUGAAAUGUUUCUACGAUACGUCCUAUGCGUGAAAACAUUAUAAAGCAAUAGGAUUAUUACAAUUAUUAUUACAAACCAAUAGAAAUACUUCUUAAAAGCAAGUAUUAUAUGUAAAUUCUAAAUAGUUUUUACAGUAAAAAUUAAACUGAAACCUUUUUAUCACUUUUUUCUCUGCUAUCGUUAAUUUCUGGCAGACAGUUUAACAGUUAAAAGUUUUCCGGGAACUUAAAGGCAAUAGAAAGAAAGCAAAGUGGCCCAUCUGUUAAUUGAAUAUUGCCCAAUCAAUAAGCUUGAUACCACUCAGACCUUGGAUAAUUGGCCAAUAGUUGAUUGACAGGUAGCUAAAGACUCAUUGCUAACAAUGAGCCAUUGCGCUACGCAAGCAUCCCAUAAUGCAUUUUCAGACACUCUGAAAUCAAUUAUAGUUAAUCCGUAGAAAUUUGCUGCUAUUGUUUGGAUUGUCACCUGGAUAAUUUGCCACCCUCGCAAAGGCUCAUUGUUAGCAAUGAGUCUUUAAGUAUCU